AAAUCCAGAACUUGUCUGGGGCAGAUCAGUAAAACUCAUCUUGAAUGUAUAAGACCGCAGCUCUUCUUCCUUUUUUCUCAAGUCAAAUUCUCACAAUGAGAAGAUUCAAAAGCAGAGUUCACCAGUGAUACACUUGUGUUGAAAGGGAAGGAAAAUCUGCUCAGUUUUGCUCUGCAGCUUCUCCUGAUGUUUUCCAAUAAGACUUGAGACUCCUGAUAUCCUUCUUCACUCAAGCCCAAGCAGCAGAGGACACAAUUCAAGAUUUCUUUUUGUAACGUGAUGUUUUUCAAAAGCGCAUUUUCCUUUUAAAUCCAAGAAACUUGUUCCUUGACGUCAAAAACAUUUUCUUUAUACCUUACAGGGACUGAAGAGUAAGUGCUACAUUGGCUAGUUUCUGCAGCCAUUCUUCACCUUCAAAGUAUUCAACAAAAUCUAGUCUUAUUUUGUCGUAAAAGGAUCCCUUUCAGCUCAAAUACCCUGUUGAGAACUUUUCCUCUGCUAAGCCACUGGAUUUCUUUAUGUAGUAGGAGACAUUCUUUAAACAUUCUGGAGUGAAAUGACCUUUGUUUAAUGAAGUUAACCAUUUUGUAGCGUCUUCCAGAACUUUUUAAUUUCGUCCCAAGAGUUUUUGACACCAGAGUACAUGGAUGCCUUCUGCCUUCUGUGUCAAUUCAGGUUCUCAGAGAAACAGAUGUCAACACAAGAUUUGAUGUGCAGGGAGUUCCCCAUUCAGAGUUGGCUGUUGGAGCAUUCUCAACAUGUUCCGUCGUUUGCUGGGAGAAGACUAGAGAAGGCAUGGCCAGGUCUGAAUGUUGCAGUGGAUUCCAAGAAUGUGAAAACCUUUGCAUCUUCUGAUAGUCUAGCCAAGGUCCAAGAAGUGGCAAGCUGGCUUUUGGAAAUGAAUCAGGAACUGCUCUCUGUGGGCAGCAAAAGACGACGAACUGGAGGCUCUCUGAGAGGUAACCCUUCCUCAAGCCAGGCAGAUGAGGAACAGAUGAAUCGUGUGGUAGAGGAGGAGGAGCAGCAGCAGCAGCAGCAAAGACAACAAGAGGAGGAACACACCGCGAGGAAUGGUGAAGUCGUCGGAGCAGAACCUAGACCCAGAGACCAAAAUGAUUCCCAGCAAGGACAACUGGAAGAAAACAAUAAUCGAUUUAUUUCAGUAGAUGAGGACUCCUCGGGAAACCAAGAAGAACCAGAGGAAGAUGAAGAACAUGCUGGGGAACAAGAUGAGGAGGAUGAAGAAGAAGAGGAAAUGGACCAGGAGAGUGAUGAUUUUGAUCAGUCCGAUGACAGUAGCAGGGAAGAUGAACAUACACAUAGUAACAGUGUCACAAACUCCAGUAGUAUCGUGGACCUGCCUAUUCACCAACUCUCCUCCCCAUUCUAUACAAAGACAACAAAAAUGAAAAGAAAGUUGGACCAUGGUUCUGAGGUCCGCUCUUUUUCUUUGGGAAAGAAACCAUGCAAAGUCUCAGAAUAUACAAGUACCACUGGGCUUGUACCAUGUUCAGCAACACCAACAACUUUUGGAGACCUGAGAGCAGCCAAUGGCCAAGGGCAACAACGUCGCCGAAUUACAUCUGUCCAACCACCUACAGGCCUCCAGGAGUGGCUGAAAAUGUUUCAGAGCUGGAGUGGACCAGAGAAAUUGCUUGCUUUAGAUGAACUUAUUGAUAGUUGCGAACCAACACAAGUAAAACAUAUGAUGCAAGUGAUAGAACCCCAGUUUCAACGAGACUUCAUUUCGUUGCUCCCUAAAGAGCUGGCACUUUAUGUGCUUUCAUUCCUGGAACCCAAAGACCUGCUACAAGCGGCUCAGACGUGUCGCUACUGGAGAAUUUUGGCUGAGGACAACCUUCUCUGGAGAGAGAAAUGCAAAGAAGAGGGUAUAGAUGAACCUUUGCACAUCAAGAGAAGAAAAGUUAUAAAACCAGGUUUCAUACACAGUCCAUGGAAAAGUGCGUACAUCAGACAGCACAGAAUUGAUACCAACUGGAGGCGAGGAGAACUCAAAUCUCCUAAGGUGCUGAAAGGACAUGAUGAUCAUGUGAUUACAUGCUUACAAUUUUGUGGUAACCGAAUAGUUAGUGGUUCCGAUGACAACACUUUAAAAGUUUGGUCAGCAGUCACAGGCAAAUGUCUGAGGACAUUAGUGGGACACACAGGUGGAGUCUGGUCAUCGCAGAUGAGAGACAAUAUCAUCAUUAGUGGAUCUACAGAUCGGACUCUCAAAGUGUGGAAUGCAGAGACUGGAGAGUGUAUACACACGUUGUACGGGCAUACUUCCACUGUUCGUUGUAUGCAUCUCCAUGAAAAGAGAGUUGUUAGCGGUUCUCGAGAUGCCACUCUUAGGGUUUGGGAUAUUGAGACAGGCCAGUGUUUACAUGUGCUGAUGGGUCAUGUAGCAGCGGUCCGCUGUGUUCAGUAUGAUGGCAGGAGGGUUGUUAGUGGAGCGUAUGAUUUUAUGGUGAAGGUAUGGGAUCCAGAGACUGAGACCUGUCUACACACGCUGCAAGGGCAUACUAAUAGAGUCUAUUCAUUACAGUUUGAUGGCAUCCAUGUAGUGAGUGGAUCUCUUGAUACAUCAAUCCGAGUUUGGGAUGUGGAGACAGGGAACUGCAUUCACACGUUGACAGGACACCAGUCGUUAACAAGUGGAAUGGAACUCAAAGACAAUAUUCUUGUCUCUGGGAAUGCAGACUCUACAGUUAAAAUCUGGGAUAUUAAAACAGGACAGUGUUUACAAACAUUGCAAGGUCCCAACAAGCAUCAGAGUGCUGUGACCUGUUUACAGUUCAACAAGAACUUUGUAAUUACCAGCUCAGAUGAUGGAACUGUAAAACUAUGGGACUUGAAAACGGGUGAAUUUAUUCGCAACCUAGUCACAUUGGAGAGUGGGGGGAGCGGGGGAGUCGUGUGGCGGAUCAGAGCCUCGAACACAAAGCUGGUGUGUGCGGUCGGGAGCCGGAACGGGACGGAAGAAACCAAGCUGCUGGUGCUGGACUUUGAUGUGGACAUGAAGUGAAGAGCAGAAAAGAUGAGUUUGUCCAAAUGUGUAGACGAUAUACUCCCUGCCCUCCCCCCUGCAAAAAAGAAAAAAAAAGAAAAAGAAAAAAGAAAAGCAAAAAGAAAAAAAGGAAAAAAACGAAAAAGAAAAAAAAUCCCUUGUUCUCAGUGGUGCAGGAUAUUGGCUUGGGGCAACAGAAUGAAAAGACCUACAGACUAAGAAGGAAAAGAGGAAGAGAUGACAAACCGUAACUGACAAGAGAGGCGUCUGCUGUCUCAUUACAUAAAAGGCUUCACUUUUGACUGAGGGCAGCUUUGCAAAGACUUUCUAAAUCAAACCAGGUGCAAUUAUUUCUUUAUUUUCUUCUCCAGUGGUCAUUGGGCUGUGUUAAUGCUAAAACAUCGUUUCAGAUUCUGUGAGUCUGUUCUUUUACCACUGAGACCUAGAAAGGAGCUGCAAUAACAUCAAAACAAGUACCGGUUGACUUUAAUUAGAGAGCAUCUGCAACAAAAGUCAUUUUUCUGGAGUGGAAAAGCUAAAAAAAAAAAAAUAUUACUGUGAAUUGUUUUUGUACAGUUAUCAUGAAAAGCUUUUUUUUUUUUUUUUUUUUUUUUGCCAACCAUUGCCAAUGUCAAUCAAUCACAGUAUUAGCCUCUGUUAAUCUACUUACUGUCGCUUCCACAUACACUCUUCAGUGCAUAUAUUGCUGAAAGGUGGCAAGUUGUCCUGGGUUCUGUGAGUCCUGAGAUGGAUUUAAUUCUUGAUGCUGGUGCUAGAAGUAGGUCUUCAAAUAUGGGAUUGUUGUCCCACCCCUGUACUGUACUCCCAGUGGCCAAACUUAUUUAUGCUGCUAAAUGAAAGAAAAAAGCAAAUUAUUUUUUUUUAUUUUUUUUCUGCUGUGACGUUUUAGUCCCAGACUGAAUUCCAAAUUUGCUCUAGUUUGGUUACGGAAAAAAGACUUUUUGCCACUGAAACUUGAACCAUCUGUGCCUCUAAGAGGCUGAGAAUGGGAGAGUUUCAGAUAAUAAAGAGUGAAGUUUGCCUGCAAGUAAAGAAUUGAGAGUGUGUGCAAAGCUUAUUUUCUUUUAUCUGGGCAAAAAUUAAAACACAUUCCUUGGAACAGAGCUAUCGCUGCCUGUUCUGUGGAGAAACUUUUCUUUUUGAGGGCUGUGGUGAAUGGAUGAACGUACAUAAUAAAACUGACAAGAUUUUAAAAAUAUAUAAAACACAAAAUUAAAAUAAAGUUGCUGGUCAGUCUUAGUGUUUUGCAGUAUUUGGGAAAACAACUGUUACAGUUUUAUUGCUCUGAGUAACUGACAAAGCAGAAACGAUUCAGUUUUUGUAGUAAAGGCGUCACAUGCAAACAAAUGAAAUGAAUGAAAAAGUCAAAUGGUUUGCCUCAUUCUCCAAGAGCCACAACUCAAGCUGAACUGUGAAAGUGGUUUAACACUGUAUCCUAGGCGAUCUUUUUUUCCUCCUCCUGUUUAUUUUUUUUUUGUUUGUUUUAUUUAUAGUCUGAUUUAAAACAAUCAGAUUCAAGUUGGUUAAUUUUAGUUAUGUAACAACCUGACAUGAUGGAGGAAAACAACCUUUAAAGGGAUUGUGUCUAUGGUUUGAUUCACUUAGAAAUUUUAUUUUCUUAUAACUUAAGUGCAAUAAAAUGUGUUUUUUCAUGUUA